CCCGGGGCGGCGGUCGCGGAUCCCACUCCGCGCAGCUCCGAUCCCGACUCUUCUGGAAAGUUCGGGCCGGGCCCGCAGCCCCGCCGCUUCAGCAGCCGGCCCCGCCCCGGAAGUCCUGCCCCGCCGCGCGCAGGGCCCGGGCGAGUGGCCCACCAAUGGCUGCUCGGGAGGGGAAGGCGCUUGGCCAAUCUGCGCCCGCCUCCGCCGCCGAUCUGGAGCGCGGCCCCGCCCCGCCCCGCGUGGGCGGCGCCGUCCCUGCCCAGCGUCCGCCUCGCCUUGCGCCUGCGCCGCCGGCCGCUCCCGCCCUCGAAGGCUCUGAGUAGCACCGGCACAGUGAUGCGUAUGUGCUGGCUUGUGAGCAAAGAGAAAUGCACUCAGCGGGUGAAACUGCCACACUUGGAACCUGUGGUAAUUGGGCGUGGCCCAGAGACUGGGAUAACAGAUAAGAAGUGUUCACGUCAGCAAGUUCAGUUAAAAGCAGACUGUAACAAGGGUUAUGUCACAGUUAAACAGAUAGGGGUCAACCCAACUAGUGUUGAUCUUGUGAAUAUUGGCAAGGAUGAAGUGGUAAAAAUGAAGCCAGGCCAAGUUCUGCAUAUUGUAAAUAAUCUUUACCCCUAUGUGGUGGAAUUUGCCGAAGAGUCUGGGAAAACUGUUUCAAAAGCAGACAAGAUGCCACAUGAGGACUCCUGUGAGAAUGAUGAUAUAGAGCUUGUGCCCAGAAAAACAAUGAAGUUGGAGGUGGUGGAUACACAAGGCAGUUCUACAAAUCCAAAGCUAAGCAAUACCAAAGUAUCUACACAUGAAGGAGCUUUGAGCCAAAAGGAACAUUUAGGACACUGGAGUCAGGGUCUAAAGAGCUCCAUGCAAGAUCCAAAAAUGCAGGUUUACAAAGAUGAAAAGACCGUAGUCAUUAAGGAUAAAUUUCCCAAAGCGCGUUACCACUGGCUUAUCUUACCAUGGGACCCUAUUUCAAGCCUGAAGUCAGUCACCAGGGACCACCUUGAACUCCUGGAACAUAUGCAUGCCAUUGGGCAAAAAAUGAUUGAACAGUGCCCUGCCAGAGGCAGCCUUGAAUUCAGACUGGGUUACCAUGCUAUCCCCAGCAUGAGUCACCUACAUUUGCAUGUAAUCAGCCAGGAUUUUGAUUCUCCGGCCCUGAAAACCAAAAAGCACUGGAAUUCUUUUACUACAGACUACUUCUUAAACUCUCAAGAUGUCAUAGAGAUGGUAAGAAGCAAGGGAAAAGUGAUGGUGAAAGACCAUACCUCUGAACUUCUCAAACUUCCCCUCAGAUGCCAUUGCUGUAAACAACAGUUGUCCACAAUCCCACAGUUAAAGGAACAUCUUCAGAAACAUUGGCCAAAAUGAUUUUGCAAAAAAUCAUCUUUCAAUCUGUCUUCUGAUUUCAACACAAAGACCACAAAAUGUUAAUGGAAAUGUAUGUUUAUUAACUAGAAUGAUAAAUGUAACUUGGGGAAAAAAGUGGCUUGGAAACAGCAGCAUACUAAUUUAGUAAUAGCUUCAACAAAAACCUAAGCCCUCUUCUUCUUUCCUACUAAAAAUAUAAAUAAAGUGACUUCUGAAAUGGAA